ACCACUACUGGUACGGUAGCUGCUUCCACCACCACUACCAGCAACAGCAGCAUCACUCAGGCGAGGAGAGGAGCAGCGGAGGGGCCAGCAGACAGAACCGUUAACAAAGACACUUGGCAGUGUCUCUCUGCGGAUCCGAUUCUAUCUUGAACAUGUCUUUUGGGAGAGAUAUGGAACUGGAACACUUUGAUGAGCGGGAUAAAGCACAGAGAUAUGGCAGAGGGUCUAGGGUAAAUGGCCUUCCCAGCCCGACCCAUAGUGCCCACUGCAGCUUUUACCGCACCCGCACUCUGCAGACCCUCAGUUCCGAGAAGAAAGCCAAGAAAGUCCGUUUCUAUCGUAAUGGAGACCGCUACUUCAAAGGGAUCGUAUAUGCCAUCUCUCCAGACAGAUUUAGGUCUUUUGAGGCUCUGCUGGCUGAUCUGACCAGAACUCUGUCCGACAAUGUGAAUUUGCCCCAGGGAGUGAGAACAAUCUACACCAUAGAUGGACUCAAGAAGAUUUCUACCUUGGACCAACUAGUUGAAGGAGAGAGUUAUGUAUGUGGGUCAAUAGAACCCUUCAAAAAACUGGAGUACACCAAGAAUGUAAACCCUAACUGGUCAGUCAAUGUCAAGACAACUUCUGCUUCCCGUACGGUGUCUUCGCUUGCCACUGCCAAAGGCAGCCCCUCAGAUGUGAGGGAGAAUAAGGAUUUCAUUCGGCCCAAACUAGUCACCAUCAUCAGAAGUGGUGUGAAGCCACGUAAAGCUGUCCGAAUUCUACUCAACAAGAAGACCGCCCAUUCAUUUGAGCAGGUUCUCACUGAUAUAACUGAUGCCAUCAAACUGGAUUCAGGAGUGGUUAAACGCCUGUAUACCCUAGAUGGGAAGCAGGUGAUGUGCCUUCAGGAUUUUUUUGGUGACGAUGACAUUUUUAUUGCAUGUGGACCAGAGAAGUUCCGUUACCAGGAUGAUUUCUUGCUAGAUGAAAGUGAAUGUCGAGUGGUAAAAUCCACUUCCUACACCAAAAUAGCUUCAACAUCCCGCAGGAGCACCACCAAGAGUCCUGGUCCAUCAAGGCGCAGCAAAUCCCCUGCUUCAACCAGCUCAGUUAAUGGAACCCCUGGUAGUCAGCUCUCAACUCCCCGUUCUGGGAAAUCUCCAAGUCCAUCUCCAACCAGCCCAGGAAGCCUGCGGAAGCAGAGGAGCUCUCAACAUGGUGGCUCCUCUACCUCACUAGCAUCCACCAAAGUAUGCAGCUCCAUGGAUGAAAAUGAUGGACCUGGAGAAGAAGUGUUGGACGAAGGUUUCCAGGUUCCAGCCACAAUAGCGGAAAGAUAUAAAGUUGGGAGGACAAUAGGUGAUGGAAAUUUCGCUGUGGUGAAGGAGUGUAUAGAAAGAUCAACUGCUCGAGAAUAUGCUCUGAAAAUCAUUAAGAAAAGCAAAUGUCGAGGCAAAGAGCACAUGAUCCAAAAUGAGGUCUCUAUCUUGAGAAGAGUGAAGCACCCCAAUAUUGUUCUGCUGAUUGAGGAGAUGGAUGUGCCAACUGAGUUGUAUCUUGUCAUGGAAUUAGUAAAGGGAGGUGACCUUUUCGAUGCCAUUACCUCCACAAACAAAUACACAGAGAGAGAUGCCAGUGGGAUGCUCUACAAUCUGGCCAGUGCCAUCAAAUAUCUGCAUAGUUUGAACAUUGUUCACAGAGACAUCAAACCGGAGAAUCUAUUGGUUUAUGAACACCAAGAUGGCAGCAAAUCUCUAAAACUAGGAGAUUUUGGCUUGGCAACUAUUGUAGAUGGCCCCCUGUACACUGUCUGUGGAACCCCUACUUAUGUGGCUCCAGAAAUUAUUGCAGAAACUGGAUAUGGCCUCAAGGUGGACAUCUGGGCAGCUGGUGUGAUUACUUAUAUCCUGCUGUGUGGUUUUCCUCCAUUCCGUGGAAGUGGUGAUGAUCAGGAAGUACUUUUUGAUCAGAUCUUGAUGGGUCAAGUGGACUUUCCUUCUCCAUACUGGGACAAUGUUUCUGACUCUGCCAAGGAACUCAUUACCAUGAUGCUAUUGGUGGAUGUUGAUCAACGGUUUUCAGCUUUGCAAGUCCUUGAACAUCCAUGGGUUAAUGAUGAUGGCCUCCCUGAGAAUGAACAUCAGCUGUCAGUAGCUGGAAAGAUAAAGAAGCAUUUCAACACAGGCCCCAAGCCCAACAGCACAGCAGCCGGGGUUUCUGUCAUAGCAACCACCGCUCUUGAUAAGGAGAGGCAGGUUUUCCGACGAAGACGCAACCAGGAUGUGAGGAGCCGGUAUAAGGCGCAGCAAGCUCCCCCUGAACUCAACUCUGAAUCGGAAGACUAUUCACCAAGUUCAUCGGAGACUGUUCGCUCACCUAACUCACCUUUUUAAUAAAAAACCCUUUUACAAAAAAAAUUACAGCCCUCACUUAACCCUUUGAGACUCUUAAAUUCUCCAAACUUGUGUGAAACAGUUUCAUCUGAUCCAUCUGGCUCUAAAAUGUUUGAAUGACAGAAAAGAAGGUGUGCUUAUGGUAACUGAACCCAUUUCCUUAUGAUGAAUGAGAUGACACAUGUUCUUUGUUGAGAUGGCAACUUGCUGCUACUAGGAUCCUCAAAGGGUUAAGUCUAUUUUGCGAUUGCUUUUUUUUUUCUUCUUUUUAAAGAUAGAAGCAAUGAAUGUUUUCAUCAGCCAAGCUAGGAUCUGCAGUAUGUCAUUAUAGCACAUGUUAACCCUCUGAGUGCAACAAUUUCUUUAACAUAGGAAGCCCUAGUUAGGCAAUUAUUCUGGCCCUUUUGACUUGUACGAACAUGUUUCUAUGCUGCCAACCUGGAUAGAUAGGGUGAUACAGAGUCAGUGACUCAGCUGGACAUCCAAAAUGUAAUCUUGCUCCUGCCUCUUUGUGGGUUUAUAAAUGGCAGCUUACUAACGUGGAUAAGUAUGAGAAAUUUUUUUUAAAAAUUCUCUUAGAAAAGUAAAUAGAUUUGUGAUAGCUAUGGAUGCCGGUCCCAGUUGGGUCUGGCUCCAAGAAUGGAAGGAAUUGGGUUCAUGUCAGGGGAAAUAGGUGGUGCUCAACCCCGACAAGUCUACUUAUGAUGGUGUGCUGAUGCCCCUGUAAAUGCUGCUUCCACAUCAUCCGCUGCUAGUGCCAAUGUAGACUCUCGGGAAUAGUUAUAUUCCAUCUUUAUCUUAGUGUGUGAGGAUCUAAUCAGUAUCACAUUUUUUUCUAUAAAAAAAAAAAAACCAUGCAAAACACUGGUAGAAAAAAGCAAUAACCUUGCCAGUUUCUCUGAAGUACUAGAAUUUCCAGCACAGAGAUGGAAAAUGAUCCAGUCCUUCAGCAUUUUGGGUUCCUCCUGCUCUGAGAUAUAUAUAUAUAUACCAUAAAACCAAUAUAUAGGGGAACUGGGAGAAAGGGAGUAGAAGUCUUGCCUUUUUUGCAAGACAGUAGUAAGGGUUAGUUGAAGGGGAGGAAAAAAGUAGAAAGAUGAUUCUGAAUUUUCUUUAAAAGGAAAAAGAAUAAAAAUGCUUUUUUAAACCAAAAAUAUUGGUGAUACUCUUUAAACCACAUGCAUCGCUUUAGACUACCUGCCUAGGCUUUCCCUGGUAACACAUCAGCAAUCUAGGAAGGCUUAGAUAGGAGGCUUGCUGAGGGCAUAACAAUUACUGCCAGCUAUGGCUUCCUGGCAUACCUGGCAGCAACAUCCACGUGGAAAAAUGUUGCUUUUUUUUUUCAUUCCCUUACCCCAUCCUUCAUUUGUUUCUGCAGGGCUAGGUGAAUUCUUGUCUAAAGCCUGUGUUUUUCACUUCUGUUAGCAAAUGCAUCCCUCUCUCACCCUGUGUCUCCAGUGAAUUUCCAAUAGCAUAUGACCUUUGAGAAAGGGUUCCUCAUAUAUUUCUGGCUCAAUUAAGAUGAGUCAUUGCAAUGUUUAAAGGAAAAUGAAACCUUGUUUGAUUGGAGGCAGGGGGCUGAACCAAAUGACCUAAGGUCCCCUUCAGCUCUUUGUUUCGUAAAGGAGGAAGCAGUGAAUCAUAUCUUUUAGGAAAUUGGUAUUGACCCAUAUUACAUUAAUUGCUUUUCACAGUGUUUUUUGAAGCCCUCCCCAUCAAGGUUUUAAAAAAUAGCGUAGUAUCAAAAAUUUUGUUCUGAAUUUUGUGUUUAGCUUCUCUCUAUCUCUCUCCCCCCUUUCCCCCUCUACUAUGGAUAUCAAUCUUCAAAGUAUAUUUUUUACUCUCUCAUCCGUGUCUCAGAGUCAGUACUUUAAUAUUUUUAUAUUUAAAUUGCAGUGAUUUUGGUGACACUGUGUCCCAUGCAUUUUAUUUUCCCACUAUUAAGUUUGUUUAGUAUGAGUCAUCCUGACAUAUGUCAGCAAUGUAUAUUUUAUUGGGAAUGGUUUUUUCUUUCAAAAGCACAAGAGAGAUCACAGUACACAUGAUCAAGUAAAUGAGUUGUUGCUGAAGAAUAAAAAAGGUUCCCCUUUGUAUUUUCAGAGCUCAGUUCAAGAACCCAGAGUCCAUGUCAGUGUGGUUCUGAGUAGAUUAAAACCUUUGAUUUGGAUGAGAAAAUUCAAAAAUUAGAAAUUAAAGUACCUUUUCAUUCAAUAGCCUAAUUGGUAGUCAAGGACCCAGAUCUGAAAGAAAGAAUUUCCUUCUCUAAGCCAAUGAAAUGAAACACUUUUAUAAAUCUCAGAAAUAGUCAUUUAAUUGGCCGUUCUUCCUAAUACCAGAAUGGGAAGAAUCAUAUGGCCAAACAUGUGUCUGCUCUAGAAUAAAUGUGCUUUUCCUUUCUUCCUUGGAAUCAUUUUGUUUAUAAAUCCUAUUUGGGGACUGGCAUUUCCACAUCAUCCAGUGUCUAGAAUAGGUGAGCUACUCAAUCAAGUCUUUGUAUCAACAAUGUCUGUGAAUCAUUCCAAAGGCUGAAUGCAGCUUUGGUGCCUAAACCUAAAUAUUGCUGCUAAACCAACAGCCCCCCAAAAAAUGCAUGACACCCCAGAUAUCUGAUGGUGUUGAGGAUAUAAGGAUAUCUCAAGCCUAUUUGAUUGAUGUGUGCUAAAUAAACUAUGGAAGAAAAGGAACACAAUUUAUCAAGAAAGAAUAUUGAAUAACCCCUCAGAAUGCAAUUUUGGAUAGUAUUUAUUUAUUUCCAGGGAGCCAGAGAGCAUAGCUGUACUCAGAGGGUUAACCGAAAAGCACAAAGCAUGCCAGUUACAUUAGAGUAUGCAAACUGUUUCACUUCUUAGCCAGUGUUUGCUGAUUUUGUUUCCAGAAAAUUAAUCCCUAGAUGAUUUUCCAUUUGAAAUAGCUAUAUGUUGUUCUUCUGCAAGGAAUUUCUAUGACCAAAUUGACUUUCCUUUAUAUUGCACCAAUCAGAGAAAUUUGAUGUACAUUAUCACAGUGUAAGUCUAUAGUUAAAAAUUGGAAUUCAAACUCUACCAGUGAUUUCAGAUCUCUUUUCCUAAAUGCUUGAUAAUCAUUUAUGGCGGUAACAUAGGCAGCUGAAGCCGUCUUCCCUUUUGAGCGAAGGAAUAUCAAUAUGACGUUUUCGAGUUCUGAGAUUCUGCUUUGCAGUUGAGUAGUGUACUAGUUAAGGGAAAGCUGCUUUGUUAUGUAUCAUGUAAAUCAUCUUUGUUGAUGAGAACUGUUCAUAUUAAUGAACACAUACAUUUUCUUUUCUUUAUAUUGUAGCAGAAACCGUUUUACUUGUUAACAAUCAAUCAAUAUGUGAUUUGCUUCAGACUGUUAGAGGGAAAAAGUGAGAUUCAAGUCUUUGAAAAAUGUUAUUGCUUUUUACAGUAGCCCUCAUCUACUUUCCAUGUGGUGCAUUUAACUAAAAUAAGCAACAAGAACCCUGUGAAUAAACUACUGAAAAAGCCUGGCGUCUUGUAUUCUAUGGGACCCACCACCACAGCCCAGUACGGUAGUACAGUAGCUUGUGGUGGUUAGCCAACCUGUCAAGCAUUGUUGAAAUGAAAGCAAUAUAUCCAUGAAUGAAAGGUAAAUUGCAAUCCUUUGCCCUUUGAGGCAUAUUUCAGCCAGGAGGGGAACAAAAAGGAAAAAAGAAAAAGAAAAAUGGGCUCUGAGGGUCACAGUGCUACCAUAUGACCACAGGUCAAGUACAUUAAAUCACUGUUAUUUGCUGGCCAAUGGGCCACAUUAGAAAAUUGUAUCCCCUGUAUUGAGUUUAGAUUGUGGUGAGGGAGAUCUUUCUUAGCAUUAUUGUGGUGCCCUCCAGCCCUGCUCUAAGAGUCAAGGGUCUGUCAGCAUUUCCAUUACAAACUCCUAUUUUCAAAGGUUUUUAAUAUGACCAUAAAAAAUGUGCUCCCGGCUGAAACUUGGCAUGUACUGCCUCAACCUGGGGGUGAAGGAAGGCUUGCUUUCUUACUCCCUGCACCCAGCUCUUCCUUGCAGAAAAGAAAAGAAUUCAGUUUGGCCCUUUCCUGAGGGCAGAUGCAGAAGGGCACCAAGAAAAUCAGACAUGUUAGCUUGAUGGUGGAUAUUCAUUUACAUGGGGUUAUUUUGUUUUGUUUUUAACCAUAAAUGAAUCACCACCCAGAUCAGUUGGCAUGUGCUAUGGGUGAUAUAUUCUUUCUGUAAUUUGUAAAAUCAUCUUUUAAGAAGAUUUGGAACUGCUUGAUUGACUUUGUUAUCCAUUCAAAGAUUUGCAAGGAUUUUAAAUAGGCAAAUCAUAGGGUAGGGCUUGCCUUGGUAUUCUAAGCCCAAUUCCUUUUAUAAAUUAGAACAAAUCCUCUCCAAUAGGCCAUCACUUUGCAUGCAGUGAUAGAGGGUCACACAUAUGCUUAUUUAAUAGUGGAGAAUGGAUUUACACAUUAAACUAUACAAGUUUCAUGGAACCACUUAAUUCUGCUAGGCAAAAAUGCUCAUUAAAAGCACUCCUGUAAUUAUUAGCUAAAGUGGAAUGGAAAUCCUAAAAGGAAGUACUUUUAACCUUUUAAAAUAUUUCCUCAAAUACUGUACACUGAAUGCUUAAACCAUUGCAAAGAUGUUUUAUGUUGGUUAACAUAUGCUUAUACAUGAGAACAUUCAAAAUGGUUUCACCAAAUUUGUCAGAAAAAAAAAUAAAGACAUUAGGGGUGCUUUUAACAAGGGCUUUUUUUUAAUGGUACAAACAUAACCUAUCAUCCAGUAACAUUAAGGGUCAUAAACUGGUGGGAAACAGGAAAUUCACUGUAAAGGCUUAAGAUGCCUCUUUGAAUUUCCUUGGUUGUUCUUCAGGAUUGUAGCUACCAUGACCAUUUUUCAGUGAGCUUCCAAAUGGCAGGUGUUUUUAGCACGAAGUCUGCAAUAUCUUGGCCCACUGAGGCAAUCAAGGGAUCUAAUUUCUUCCUCCCCUGGAGGGAGGGGAACAGCAGUCUUUAAAAUUAAACUUUACCUGUAACUGUACUGGAUUUUUUCUUUCUUUGGGGGUAGGGGGGGUAUCAGUAUAAUUAAGAUCCUUAAUGUUACUUGAAUAUAAAAUUGUUUCAUUUUACUGUGAACAUAGUUUGUGUGUUUAAGUAACAUCUGUCCAGAAACCAUCCCUGUUGGUAUUAAAAGAAGGUAGUCUUAAAUAUAUAUAUAUAUAUAUAUAUAUAUAUAUAUAUAUACAAUGAUUAUUUAAAAAAAAAAAAACACUACAAUGUCAGCUCAUUCAAGUCUAAUAAAGUAAUAAAGUAUGGUAAGAAAAAGGUCUU